AUGUACGCCAAGAUGGCCAAACGGUUGCUCUUCGAGACCGAUAAGCGCCUGCUGUGGAAGCUGGCGUACAAUUUCGGUUUCAAGGGACUGAUUGCCGUCGAGAAGCAUAAGCGACGACUGAAGCGAGACGAGUUCUUCCCGCCGUUUCUGUACAUCUCGAUCGUCAACAGCUGCAACUUGCGUUGCCAAGGCUGCUGGGUCGAUGUGUCGGCCAAACAACAGGCCCUCGAGUUAGAUCGGCUGGAUCGAUUGGUGAGCGAAGCCAAAGCGGCAGGGAAUGCGUUCUUCGGCAUCUUGGGUGGCGAACCGUUCAUGCACCCCGAGCUGCUCGAAUUCCUCGGGCGACAUCGCGAUUGCUACUUCCAGGUGUUCACCAACGGGCAGUUCAUUACGGACGAAGUCGCCAAGAAACUGCGCGCCUUCGGCAACGUCACGCCGCUGGUCAGCAUCGAAGGCAGCGAGAUCGUCAGCGAUCAGCGGCGCGGCCGGGCGAACGUAUACAGUCGCAGCAUGCAGGGACUACAGAACUGUCUCAACAACAAGCUGCUGACUGGGGUUUGCACGAGCCUGUGCCAGACGAACUACGACGACUUGCUGCGAGAAGAAUGGGUCGAUCGGCUCAUCGAGAUGGGCGCCAUGUACUGCUGGUACCACGUGUAUCGGCCGGUGGGCCCCGAUGCCAACCCCGAGCUAGCCCUUACGCCCGAGCAACAACUGGCGGCCCGCAAGUUCGUGGUUGAAAUGAGGGCUAAGAAACCGAUCGCGAUAAUCGACGCGUAUUACGACGGCAACGGCAACGCGGUAUGUCCUGCCGCCACCGGGUUUACGCACCACGUGAGCCCCUGGGGCGACAUUGAGCCCUGCCCGAUCAUUCAGUUCGCCACCGAUUCGAUCGAUGACCGGCCACUGUCCGAGACUUUCUCCGGAUCAUCGUUCCUCAGCGAUUUCCGGCGUUUGGCCGCCACUUCGACGCGAGGCUGCAUCGUGUUGGAACGGCCCGACUUACUGAAGAACCUGGUCGAAAAACACGGGGCUCGCGAUACCACGGUACGCGGCACGGCACUUGCAGAGUUAGAGGCCAUGCAGUCGCGCCCCUCGCAAUACAACCCCGGCAACGAAGUGAAAGAGAAGAGCUGGGCUUAUCGUUUCGUGAAACACUAUUGGUUUAAUGAUUUUGGGGCAUACAACGAUUUGGCGACCGUCGAGGUGGGCGGCAAUGAGGCCAUGGAUACCAAUCGCCCAAGCGUGAAUGGUGAUUCACGUACGGUCAAUCAGAACGGACAUUCGACUUCAACGAUGCGCGAGCAAGUGUUAACCCCCGCCAGCCCCAUCUUCGAUGCAGAGCGACUGCUCCGCGCGUACGAAACCGCUCGCGACGAUCUGCUUUCGGAAUGUACCCAGCAGGGGCAUUGGGUGGGCGAACUUUCCAGUUCGGCCCUUUCGACGGCCACGGCAGUCAGCGCGCUCUCUCUGGUAGAGCGGCACGCAGAUGUGGGACGCGACGGCAACCCCGCGAAGAGCGCCAUUGAUUCGGUGCGUAUCGAAAUCAUCAGCGAACUGGUUUGCAACGGACUGCAAUGGUUGGCCGAUCACCAGAACCCCGACGGGGGUUGGGGCGACACCGACAAGAGCGACUCGAACAUUGCCACGACGAUGUUAGUGCGAGCCGCUUUCCAUCUUACGGCUGUGCCGGCCCAUCACGACGAUCUCUUGCAAAGGGCCGACGAUUACAUCAAGAAGCAAGGUGGCAUCGCCGGCCUGCGAAAGCGUUUCGGCAAGGACAAGACAUUCGCCGUGCCGAUCUUGACCAACUGCGCAUUGGCCGAGCUGGUGCCGUGGAGCGAGGUUUCGCCACUGCCGUUUGAGCUAGCUUGUUUCUCGCAAGACAUGUAUCGGUAUCUGCGGAUGCCGGUGGUGAGUUAUGCCAUCCCCGCGCUGGUUGCGGUGGGUCAGACCCGCUACUGGCAUCGCAAGCCGUGGAACCCCAUCACCCGCAUCAUCAGGCACUUCGCCCGCAAGCCAAGUCUUCGCACGCUGGAGAAGAUGCAACCGGAGAGUGGCGGAUAUCUGGAAGCCACGCCGCUGACCAGCUUCGUGGUGAUGAGCUUGGCCAGUAUGAAUCUCACCUCGCAUCCGGUCGUGCAGCAUGGCGUUGAGUUCUUGCUCGACUCGGUGCGCGACGAUGGUUCGUGGCCCAUCGAUACCAACUUGGCCACUUGGGUCACCACGCUGUCGGUCAACGCUUUGGCGGCCGGAGGUGAAAACGUCAGUCAGUUGGAUUGCCUCGAUUGGGUGUUGAGCUGCCAACACAAAGAACGUCAUCCGUUUACCGGUGCCGACCCUGGCGGCUGGGGAUGGACCGAUCUCAGCGGCGCGGUGCCCGACGCCGACGAUACGCCGGGCGCCCUGUUGGCGCUGUCGAACUGGAUGCGUUGCGACCCCGAUGGCGACAGUGAAAAGAUUCGCUCGGCGGCCAAAGAUGGGCUCGGCUGGUUGUUGGACCUGCAGAACAACGACGGCGGCUGGCCCACCUUCUGUCGCGGUUGGGGUUUCCUGCCGUUCGACCGCAGUGGCUCCGACCUCACGGCCCACGCCUUACGGGCACUGCACGCCUGGAAGCAAGAGGGGCUCGACGAGGUGCGAGAACCGCGGAUCGCCCCCACGGAAGCAACCGAGACCGAGCCACUGGAGGUUCGUAUCGAAUCGGCCACCGGUAAGGGCUUGUCCUACCUGGCCGACCAGCAGCGGGCCGACGGAAGUUGGGUUCCAUUGUGGUUCGGCAAUCAGCAUCGCGCGGAAGAAGAAAACCCGGUCUACGGUACAACGAAGGUCCUGCUGGCCUACCGCGAUUUGGGGCGGUUCGAUUCGGACCAAGCCCGACGCGGCGUCGGCUGGCUGCUUUCGACCCAAUUGCGCGACGGUGGCUGGGGUGGACCUCGCCCUGCGGUGAAGAAGACCCCCGCUCCCACGACCGCCAGUGUGGAAGAAACUGCCCUGGCCGUAGAAGCCCUGCUGCCGGCCUCAGAUCGUCCGGAAGUCGCCCGGGCCAUCGAAAAAGGCCUGACAUGGCUGGUCGAGGCCGUGGAAUCGGGCCGAUACCGGCAGGCUACGCCCAUUGGUUUAUACUUCGCUAAGCUGUGGUAUCAUGAGAAGCUCUACCCACCAACCUUCGCGGUAUCGGCCCUUGGGCACGCGGUUCGUGCGUUGCAAGACCGCGCCGAAUCGGCCCCCUGCCUGACACCAUCUACCAGCACGUAA